AUGGUUAGAUUUAUCAUUAUUAUCGCAGCUAUUCUUGUAUUCCCUGUUGAUUUGUGUUUUCCUACUAGAAGCACUCAAAUAAUUUUGCCACAGUUGGAAAUAUCUGACGAAUUGGAGCCGAGGAAUCAAAUCGAAUUGGAGCAGGAAAAUCAGAUGGUUUCUACUGAUUCAAAAUCAACUUCAAUUACACCAAAGUAUCCACCGGUAAGGUGCAAACAGCGUGUUAUAGGUAUAAAAACACAGCAUUUCAGCCCUAUUAUGCUUCAACAGUGACAACAGAAAUUCCAAUAACACAAUGUGACGAUGGAUGGUCGUAUUACGAAAGAGCAACAACUGGAUGGUGUAUGAAAGUCGUAGCUCAACAAAAUAUCAACAAAGCCCAAGCCGAGAAGGUUUGCAGUGAUUUGGGAGCGGUGAUCUCAUCAAUCGAUGAUUCGGCAAUGAACGACAGGUUGUUGAAUUUGAAAAGUAUUGCGGGUGCCACGAAUACUUGGCUUGGUGCAGAUAUGAAAUCUGAAUGUAUAUGUGGAGAGAAACUCUGUGUUCUAACUGAGGAUUGUGGUCCGAACGGGUAUUAUUGGACUGAUGGCUACACUACUUCAAAUGACUACAUCUCUAAUAAUCUGGUUAUGUUUACAUUACUCACGAAUGACAAUAAUGUAGAAGUAGAGAAGUAUGUUUCAUCUGAUGGACUUAUUAUGGAUUCGAUUCCGAGUGAGUGAAAAAAAAAUGAAAUUAAUGAUGUCACGAACAUUUUUAGAACUCGAAAAUGUUCAAUCGACUGACUUCUAUGAUUCGGUUAUUUGUGGGAAAAUUUCUAAUUUUUAAAGGUUCCAUUUGCAUUCUUCAAAAUUAACACAAAUAAAAAAGCAUUUUUAAAAGGUUCAAGGAACGCAAAAGAUUGUGUCACACAUAGGCUUCUUUUGUUACUGGAAAACAAAAAAAUUAAAUUAAAACUUUCGUUUUAUGAUGACGUGUCAGUUCCGAUUAAGACAUAGAUUUCUCUGGUUACUGUGGCUUUCAAAUAAUAAAAUUCGACAAAAUAGAUAAAACAUUUGCGGGAAUUUACGGUCGCAUAAAGCAAAAUUGUGCCAAAUCGUUUUUCCGCCCCGUAAACAUGAUUUUUAUGGCAAAAAUUGAAAUAUUUUUGCAUAAAAGCCAGGGCUGAACAUCAGAAAACAUCGAAUCGUAUCAGAAAUGAUUCUGAAGGUUUUGAUGGCGUUGUUGUGUCUUCAAUUCGAACCAGUGGGUUUGUGCAACGUUCGACCCGAAAUACGAUGUGAAGAUGGCUGGACAUAUUACAAACGGAAUACAACUGGAUGGUGUAUGAAAGUUUUGGUGGGAAGUGUGAACUUGGCACGAGCUAAAGUAGUGUGUUCUGGAGUUGGAGCUGUUAUGUCAUCAAUCGAUGACGUGGAGAUGUACAAUUCCGCUGCGAAUUUGCUAGCUUCUACGAGUUCUAGAUUUUCUUGGCUCGGUGCAGAGUUGAAAUCUGAAUGCAAUUGUGGAGCAAAUUCAUGUCCUGUAACUGAUAAUUGUGGUCGAAAUGGAUAUUAUUGGACUGACGGCUACACGACUUCUAAUGAUUUCAUUCUGACUCAUCUUAGCGUGGUGCAAGAACUUAUAAAUGGCCAAGAGCAUUAUACAAAAGCGGAAGGAGUGGUUCUUAGUCGUACCGGUGAGUCGGAGGAGAGGCAUGAUCUUUAAAUUUAGGAAAAGUUUUAGGAAUCCAAGUUGGAUCUGCGUUGUAUAAUGCCGGUUCGGUGCUUUGUGGGAAACAAUCCAAUAAUUGA